UCAAAUUUCUCUACCAUCGAAUUUGUUUCCAUAAUUCUCCCUUCGACGGCUUCAAUUGGGUUCUGAUUAUAGCCAUAGGAGAUUUAAAUUAGGCGUAUUCGAGGAGCGGGUAAUUGAUUUGGCUGAUUUCAGCAUCCCAAAUUUGAAAACAGAAUGGCGUUGAAGUUUCUGAACAAGAAAGGAUGGCAUACUGGAAGUUUGAGGAACAUCGAAAACGUAUGGAAAGCGGAACAGAAGCAUGAGGCUGAGCAGAAGAAAUUGGAAGAGCUUCGCAAGCAGAUUCAUGAGGAGAGGGAACGCUCUGAGUUUCGUCUUCUCCAGGAACAAGCUGGCCUUGUCCCGAAGCAGGAGAGGUUGGAUUUCCUAUACGAUUCUGGGCUUGCAGUUGGGAAAGGCGCCAGUAGCUCCGCAGCUGGAGGCAGCGGUGCAGGUUUUAAGGCUCUUGAAGAGGCUCUCCCGUCGUCUAAGGCUACGGAUUCUUCAGCCAACCAGUCUUCUGCCCCGGGUGCCUUGUUCGAGGACAAACCUCACUCAGCCAAUGAUGCCUGGCGCAAGCUCCAUUCGGAUCCCUUGCUUAUGAUUCGCCAGCGCGAGCAAGAAGCUCUUGCCCGCAUCAAGAACAACCCCGUCCAAAUGGCAAUGAUUCGUAAAUCGGUUGUAGAAAAGAAAAAAAAGGAAAAAUCACCUUAUCAUAAGGAACACCGUAAGAUGCACCAGAGAAGUAGUUCCAAGCAGCGAAAACUUUCAUCACACCAUUCAGAUUCUGAAGAUGACAUUUCUAAGGAGGACAAAAGAAAUAGAGAUCGCCAUCACAAGAGGUCAGAUAAUGAGGGCCGCUAUCAGGAGUCAGACUCAGAAGAAUUAAAAGAAGCAGAAAGUCGAGAGAAGAGUUUCCGCGGACAGAAAUACAGAUAUGAUGAUCAAGAUGAUGUUAAGAGGAACCAUUACAAAUCUAAGCGUGAUAAAUAUUCUUCUCAAGCUCCACGAAGUAUUGAGGCUGAUAAAAGUCGAGAAAAAGAUAGGCCAGCUUUUGACUAUCACAAGAGGUCAGAUAAAGAGGGCAAUUAUCGCAGAAUUGAGUCAGAUUCGAAAGAUGAAUUGAAGGAAGCAGAAAGUCGAGAGAAGAAUCGCUGCAGGCAGAAAUAUGAAUAUGAUGAUCGAGAUGAUGGUAAAAGGAACCAUGAUAAGUCUAAGCACGAUAAAUAUUCUUCUCAAGCUCCACGAAGGAUUGAAGCAGAUAAAAAUCAAGAAAAAGAUAGACCAUCUUCUGACCAUAGAGACACUGCACCUCGGGAUAACAGACGCCGGGGUGGCACCUCUAAACUUUCUGAAGAGGAGAGAGCUGCCAGGCUUCGUGAGAUGCAAGAGGAUGCUGAGUUGCAUGAAGAGCAAAGAUGGAAACGGUUGAAAAAGGAGGAGGAGAAUGAUGCUCGAGAGGCUACAGUGUCCAGCACAUCUACUGGCAGAAACUUCUUGGAUGCUGCUCAUAAAAGCAUUUACGGUGCCGAGAUGGGAGGAAGCUCAACAAUAGAAGAGAGUGUCCGUCGCAGAGCACAUUAUUCACAAGGCCGUUAUGAAUCAGAAAGAAACGCUUUUAGACGUUGAUGAUAUUUCUAAUAAAUCCAGUUCUCAGCGGGCUCCAAUUAAGCAGCGAGGUUUGAGUUCUUGUUGCACCAUUGAUUCUGCAUUGGACCGAGAUGAUAUUUAUUGUCUCCCUCGAGGACAAAUCCAUGAAACAAUAUCUUUCAGUGGAAGCUUAUGUGAACUACUGGUAUGUAAUUACCCUUAAUGUUCAAUUAUUGAAUCGUAAGUUUUGGACAAGUUUGAUGAGAUGCUCUUGAUAUACAUGUUCACAACAUUUCCUUUGAAAAUUUUAUUGUCUCUGCAAGGUUCAGAAAGGAAGAGUUGAUAGCUAUUUUGCUACUCUUUUAUCUCAAUCGGUCACCUUGCUUUUCUGUGUUUAGAUGCUUUAGAUUUCACGUUUCAUCUAUGAUAAUACAAGUUCUUUGGUCCGUUACCAUAAAGAAAAGGCUAGGU